AUGAGCUCAUCAGAGUCUGAAGGUAUGCUAAUGUUCUCGACGGACUCGAGCGACAAAGAGGACGAAUUGUUGUUGCUGGUCGCCAUCGAGGAGGAACAGGCUGCAUCGCAAGGUCGGAGCCGGCAGCGUGGCUCCGUCCCGGGCCAUGUGGUCAUAGACUGUGGGCACCGGGAAGAUGCUGCUAGACUGUUCAGGGACUACUUCACCAAUAACCCAGUGUAUGGUGAUGCAUUGUUCCGUCAUAGGCUCACCGACGGGACUGAGGCUAAUGUGUCAUAUACCGUUAACGGUAACAGGUAUGACAUGGGGUACUACCUAGGGGACGCAAUUUACCCCGAAUGGGCGACCAUAUCGAGGUUUGCCAUAAUCCGCGGACUAACAAGAGUUUGGGAUAAAAGCACGCUACAGAACAUAAUGACCGCAUGUGUCAUAAUGCACAAUAUGAUAAUUGAGGACAAAAAGGGAGGCGCCGCGUCGGAGGAUGUGUUCGACUAUAUGGGUGAGAAAGCAACAGUGCAUCGAGAUCCAGACCAAGCACUCCUGCACUAUGUCGAAGCCACUGAAGCCAUCAGGAACCGUGCAUUGCACCACCAAUUGCGUGAAGACCUGAUGGAGCACCUUUGGAGUCUUCAUGGAGCACAGUAG